CUAUGCUUUUUGUUUCUCGCGCUGAAGCCUCAUGUUAUCUAAAACGUUCUCCAGCGCCAUGUCAGAGACUCCGAAUCCUUUGGAUUGUAUGCGCGAACUCGCCCUCGCUUUCCCUUCUCCGGCCAAAGUUUGAAAGAAACACAACCCCGUCCCAUCCCAGCGACGCUUUUUGAGCAGUGCAGUCACUGUCCUCCCCGGCACUUGAGUUUUGGCACCAAACUACAGCCUGCCCUGCCUCCGGUUAAAGGACGAAGAACGCACAACGCCGCUGGCCCUCUCCCUCGCCAAACCGGCUACGUGAUGCAAUAAGCCGCCGGCCCCCCGGAAAGGGUGGCUCCUCCUUGGGCAACCGGCAGGGCCGCGCCUGGACGCGCUCCUCCCCCCCCCCCGCUUCUGCACUGGGGCGGGGAGAAGUGAGGCGGGCCGAGAUCACGGCUUAGCGAGCCGAGUAGACGGCUAGCGCCGGGCUCCGGGACGGUUCCCUUUUGCUUCUCCAAGUGCGCCCUGGGCGCUCCAUCCUUCCCUUCCUUGCCUGCGUGGAUCGAGACUCCGGAUGCCGUUCCCCGGCGGCUUGUGGUGGUUGCUGUGCUGCAGGCAAGGAUUCACUUUGCUCCGACGCGACUAUGGCGAGGCAGGCAAAGGGGUGGCAGACGAAGAGGAAGCCGAGGAGUCCUUCGAACUGCGCAGCAAACGCGACGAGGGUCCUCCCUUGCAGGUGAACCUCACUCAGCCAAGUCGUGCUAGCAGCGGUUCUGAAAGGUCUUUGCCAGUGUCUGAAGAAACGCACAGUCUUAUUACAGAGAAGAAGUGUGGGAGAGUGCAAGAAGAACCUGAUGCUAUUGUGAAAGGCUGGCUACAACGAGAGGUCCGGGGAGGUAUAAAGACCCCUUGGCUACGUCCCCGCAAGUACUGGUUUGUGUUAACGGAGGAUUCCCUUGACUACUAUAGUGGGUGCGAGGUGAGCGCCCGCCGCCUUGGGUCCCUUGUCCUCACCAGUCUCUGCUCUGUGCUGUGGCCCGACAAGCAGACCUACAAGGAGACAGGAUACUGGGCAGUGACUGUUUUUGGUAGAAAGCACUGCUACCGUCUCUACACAGAGCACUUAAACGAAGCCGUGCACUGGGUUUGUGCUCUGCAGAAGGUCAUCAUCAGCAAGGCCCCUGUCCAGACCCCCACACAGCUCCUCAUGUGUGACAUUGAGGAGAAUCAUAACAGCCCAGAAAUCCUGGAUCAAAUUUAUCACAAUAAUCCUAUCCUGUGCUACACGGCUGGUCCAAUCUAUGCACCUCUGCUGCCUUUCCCUUAUGCAGCUCCUGGCGGCCAAGGGUAUGCAGGGCUUCGCGAUGAAGCUGUCAAGCUGUUCCAUUCACUGCAACAGCUGGAGGGGGUGCGAGAGCCAGCCAUCCUCAUGCAGGGGGUGUUGCAGACAUGCCAUGACCUCCCACCCCUGGUGGAUGAGAUCUACUGCCAACUGGUGAAGCAGACUACAGAGCCACCUGAACCGGGGGCGCCUGCAGACCUGCGCUACUGGCAGCUGCUCAUUUGCAUGAGCUGCACAUUCAUGCCUUCCCUGCCUGUGCUGUGCUACCUGCAGCUGCACCUCCAGCGGACAGAGAACCGGUUCCCAGGCUCGGAGAUGGCUCGGUUUGGACGCUUCAUCACAGAGGCCCUGAGCAACACCAAGGGGCAAGAGAGUGUGCCUUCCUUGGAGGAGAUUGCAGGGCUGAUGGGAUGUCAGGAAACGGUUUGUGGCGUGCAUUGCUCCAGCACCGUCACCUGCCAUGUGGCCAUCACCUCCCACACCACAGUCCAGGAGGUGGCCCUGGAACUGAUGUUGCGCCUGGGCCUGUCAUGUAGCCCCAACUCAUUUGUCCUCUAUGAGGAGAGCUGGCAGCAUGUGCGCUCCCUUCCAGAGGAUGUACUGGUGGCAGAUGUCCUCAGCAGAUUUGAAAGCUCAGCUGAGGAAGAGCCACACUGGAAGCCGCCUGGGAGACUCUGGUUCAGGCAUUACGGGUGUUUGAACAUGGAGUGCGUCCCCUGCAAAAGCCAGGAGUUUGCAGUGCUCUUUGAACAGGGCAUUUCUCGUUGGAGCAUUGUCUGCUGGACUGUGGGUUGGCUCGUCUCUGGCCAAGCAGCAGAUGGAGUGGAAGCACCAUUUCCAGGAGGAGGCAGUCUCUCUGCUGGAGGUUGUCAUGUACAAAUGGAAGCAGUUACAGGUGGCUGCUUACCUCAACGUGGUGGGCAAGUGGUUGGCCUUUGGGUCUGCCCUCUCUGAUGUAGACGUUCAUCAGGUGAAAGAUUGGGCAGCACUUACAGAUGAGCAUAUUCAGCAAGGCACUGCAGCAGGAGACUCCCAUGGCUACCAUACUGCAACAAAGGAGGACUGCACUUAACCUGUCAGUGAUGGGAUCCUGCCCAUGGUGACUGGCUCCUUUUCCCCGACAGAAGCCUUGAAGGCCAGGGAUAGUGCCUUCCCAGUCAGACACUUGUAGUAAAGAUACCAGUGAUACUUUACGCUCCUAAGGAGCUGGAAAUUAUGUCCUCUCCUGUGUAGAGGGAUUCCCUACCCCCUCCCACUUGUGUAAAAAAUUAUUUAUGUCAACAGAUGUCCUGUCCUUGGUUUGGUCUCUUGCAACAAGUAGUUGGCACCCUCUCUUUUCCUGCCAGUAAAGCUGCAGGCAGCUUUACAGUGUGCCUACACCUCAUAUCAUCUGGUCUAUAUAGACCUUGCAGUAUUUUCACUCACUCACACGUAAAGAAAUGUCAGAGAGCAGCAGAAGAGGUGGGAGGGCCCCAGAAGCGUCUUAUGCCUGUGGCUGUCCUUUGUAAAACCGUUUUUUAAACAAAUAAAUGUAGAGAAACCAAA